AUGUUGGACCGCCUUGCGCAAGCUGUGACUGUGAGUGUAGAUGAACUAGCAGUCUUGAGCAACCUGACAGCCCUUCGGCUUCCUUCGGAUGGCAUAGCAUCUGGACACCGAAAGGGUGUUACGACUGAGCGAUUUUUUCCCGCGCAUUUGAUUAAGCAGUAUAUCGCAUUCGUAACCAAUGGAUGGUCAAUUACAUCUGCCGUUCCCCAUGCUGAGAUGCUCCUUGAUAGGACAAAGACAAUGGCUCUUCGAGAUUUGAGGAUCUCUAAUAAAGAGGGAGUACUGUACCAUCCAGUAUAUUCACUCCAAGACAAUGAAGCAUCCACGGGUAAAGAUCGAGAAAAGCCUAAACAUGGGUUCAAACACACCCUAAUCAUCACUGAACAGUUCGGAGAGCUCGCGUUGCGAACCGGAGCUGGUGACAGGAUUUUAGGCGUUCUCACCGAAACUCUUGAGGUCGUGAACGAGAGUGCGCACUAUGCGCAUGCAGUACCGGGACGACAGAAGCAAGGGCGAAAAUAUGAUUGUUACCAACACGAGAUUGUAACCGGUAGCUCGGGUGCGCUUACUGGAGGAUGCUAA